AUGGGAUUGUGUCAUAGUGAGGAGGACAAGAGUGGCUUAGAUAAGAGCAAAGCAAUCGAUAAACAAAUCAAGCAGGGAGCUGCCGAGGAUGAGCGAACCGUGAAAUUGCUCCUUUUAGGAGCUGGAGAAUGUGGCAAAAGUACGGUGCUGAAGCAGAUGCGAAUACUUCACAAUAACGGGUUUACCGACGAUGAAAUCUUACAGCAAAAACGGGUCGUCUACAAUAAUACGGUAACAGCGAUGCAUCAACUCAUCAAAGCCAUGCAACAAUACCAGAUUAAGUAUUCAUCUCCUGAACGAGAG